CUUUUCUACUCCUUUUCACAAACUCGUUUUUCACACUAAUGGCGAACUGGGCAACACUGAGACCAUUUAUUCUACUUCGGAUUGUCAACAUAUAUCGCAGCAGUAUUGACCUGCGCAGUUCAGAUGAUGUCGACAUCUAUACUUCAUUCCUCCAGCUUAACCAGGUUUGCCAACGCUGGAGAGACACUAUAAAAGAGAGCCUCUACACUACCGCGAUUAUCUUGUGCCACAAACCAACAGCUGAGCAGCUACUUCUAUAUGGCAGCACCUCUGAUUCAGACCAACUCGCAUCCAGAGGCAUCUACCUCGCAGUCUCGUCACCACAGCCUAGUCUAUGGAGAACAAAUAUCCCGCAUAUUAUGCAAUCAAAAAACAGCAGCUACACGCAGAGACUGGUUAUCUCAUCUCGAAACGCCAUUAUCGAAUAUUCCUCUCUUGGAGAUAUCCUCGAAACAUUUGGGUUCAGCACCGUUCAAUGGCUUAGCUUGGAGAGGCUCUACUUUACUAUAGAUCGAUCGACAUCAAGGCAGAAUUCAGAAACCAAACAUCUAACGGCUGCUGGUAUCAGUAAGCGGCUGUCACAAACCUCACAAUACUUUAUAAACCACAUCCCUCAUAUGAGGUACUUGAGGCAUAAUGCUUCCAUGUAUCUACUAAAGGAUCUACCAGCAUUCCCGCUUGGUGAUGUAUUGAAUUUCUACUUGCCACAGCUGCAAACAAUAGCUUUGCCCGAUUUUACGCUUCCACAGCUUGAUCACACAUAUUUCUCUUCAUUCCUCACUAAGCUGGUUCUGUGCAUCAACAGCGAAAGUGUUGAGCGUCUUCCUAAGGUUUUUGCACCUUCACUUAAAACCUUAACCCUGGUGUAUUCUGACAUCGCACACUCGUGGCACAUCUUCAGAGGUAGCCUGCCUGGGUCAGUUAUCUUCGAAAAUCUCACGGUGCUUACAAUCUUUCAUUUCCCUGAUUUAUUUGAGACAGUAGUUGGCGCCAAUGCAUAUUUCUCACAGUUAUCAUUUCCAAAGCUGAAGACAUUACGUUUAGAUCACUAUCCAUUUAAAGAUUCCAACAUCUUCAAUUUAUUCAAGAACGCGCCAAUACAAACCGCCACUAUCAUUUAUAUGGCCAAUAGAUUCCUGCAAUUUGCAUUAUCUACCUUCAGAGAUAGCCAUAAUCUUUUUAUUGGCGUCAAUGACGGGGGAGUUAGACCGCAUGACGAAGCUGCGGCGUCUGUUGCAAAUGAUCUUUUCAGAAAACCGUUCUCUACUUCCACCGCUGAAGUACGUGUUCAGACGAGCAUACCGGUCCCACUCCCUGAUACAAUUCUGUGGACAAAGUUAGAAAAGCUAUGUCUCCAAUUCCCAGUAUAUCUCUCCAAUCUUUCUCAUAUUCUCCCUCAGCUUCCUCAUCUGUGCUGGCUUCUUGUCGGAGCCAUAUACAACACAGGAAAUAGCCCUGAAAAUACAGAAUUAGUACCCAUUUGGAGCAGCACACUUACUCAGCUUUUCCUAUUCUCAAGCAUUGUGGAUAUACCAACGAUUCCUUCUCUUGACGCAAUGUGUACUUUGGUAUCUGGAUUGCCUUCCCUCCUCAAGCUGGCUGUUCCAGACGAUAUAUUGCUUUCCGCAAAAGAUGCUCUUUCUGAAUACGCCAUUCCUCGGGAAUCUUGUGAGGCGGAGUGUCAAGUAGUUGGAUACAGUCCGAGAAAAACAGUAUUUUAUCUUCAAGAUGGUGUUAUAUAUACCGAAUAUAAGGGCAACUAGAUUUAACAAUGCGUCUAGGUGAAGUGGGUGUUGACAUUCGGGCAUCCUCAUGUCCUUCACAACCAUGUGCAGGUCCAAAUCCCCAUCAUUCUUUUUUUUUUUUUUUUUCAACAAUUU